UCAGCAGUCAGAAUUCCGUGCAACUCGUGAACAGUUUUUGAAAGUUUCCCCAAAAAAAUAUCAAAAUGUUUCGAAAACUUCCGAUCAACCUAGUCAACACAUUGUCAAAGCGAAGCUUUAUAUCAAUCAACCAUCCGCGGGUAAGCAGCAAACUUAAUCCACCGGAAACCGACGACCAUCAUCAAAGGCAUCAUCAGCAGAACGAUGAGCGGAACAAUAACAAAGUCACCGACAGUAGUAGCAGAUCCCGUCGGUAUCCGAUUCAGUUCAUCGCUGCCAGUUCGUUCCUGUCUUGGUUCAGUAAAAAGGACGACGAAGAUUCGCCGGAAAAUCAACUAAUCAAAACCAUCAAGAUGUCUAUACUCAACAUCCAGAGGGAGGACUACCGAAAGGCUGAGCAGAUGUUGCAUAUCGCGUUGAAAAUGGCCCAGGAUCUGCACAGCAAGGAUGGUAUUACGUACAUCUACGACAUAAUGGCCAAUUUGGCCAUGGAAGUCGGUGAGUUCACUAAGGCGGAAAAGCUGUUUGCCAAUGUUAUGCAGCGAUUGUUUGCCGAUGGAUUCGUGGAGGACCACAUCAAGAUGCUGCACAUCAGUUCAAAAAUAGCUCACAUAGCACAGCUUCAAGGUCACCUGGAUAAAGCAGUGCAGGGCUUUGAGUGGACGAUAGCCAAACUAGAGGAAAAUCUUAAAAAGGUUGGGGAGGAUAAGGAAAUUUUGGAACUAUGGGGAAUCACCAAGAAUUGGUACGCGCAGCUGUUGAUGGAGCUGAAAAGGUUCACGGAAGCACGGGAAUGUUUCAAGCAAGCGUACGAUGCGUACACACAAAUACAUGGUAAAUUGACGGAGGAAGGGCUGUCGAUAUUGAACAAUUUGAGUGUGGCAUGUUCUAAUCUAGAAGACUACACCUCGGCGGAAAAGUAUCUCAAAGAAGCAAUCAGCUUGGCCUCUCAGAUACCCAAUCUUUCGGAGGAAGGAGUCUAUCGGGCCAACCUGGGAUUGCUGUACCUGCAGCAGGGCUUGAUCAACCAGGCAAAAGAAUUUUGCUCGUUUGCCUGGAAGUAUGGCAAGCAGCAUAGUCACGAGGACACUGUGAUACAGGCCAACUACUGUCUGGAACAGAUAAAGGCCAUGCAGAUGUGAAAUUAAGGAGCGCAAGCAUAAAUUAGGAAACCAAAUUUUGUUGUUGAGGAGUUUUAACGAUGUUUUUAAAUCCAGUGAUGUUU